AUGAUGACUUCACCUCCAAGACCUCAGCCAGUAAUGCCAGGAAAUUAUCCCACAAUCAAUUAUUCAGUCAAGACCACAAUAAACAUAUCCUCCUAAACUUACUUAGGUGAAUUUGAAUUUAUUUUAUCUAGAAGGGGUAUUGUUAACCAUAAUACUAAUAACCCACUUUUCCACUUAAAUAAUAGCCAGUAACUUUGCCAUAGCAACCUCAAAGAGUUCAAUAUCAAUAGCCCCCCUUUGGUUCUACAUCAUUACCUUAUAAACCAUGUGCUAUUUAUGCACCAAAUGCACCUGCCCUACCUAAAUUUAUAAUCCUUGAUAAAAAUUUGUACUUUUAUUUCAGAUUAUUUAUAGUAAUGUCAAUAACCAGUUUAAUAAUAAGUACUUCUAUGAAAUGUACAAUAACCUUAUUCUCAAACGUAUAAACCUCCUUCACAAUUAUUCCAACCCAUAGCCUUCACAUUAAUAGUGUUAAUUAAAUCCAUAGUAUUAGCAAUAAUUAAUUUAAAAAUCUAUCUAAAAUAAGGCGAUUUAACCACCUAAUUUAAUUAAUACCUCAAUAUACGCCUAAACAAAGACCUCCUGAAUAGAUUUAACUAUAGUAAUAAAGAUCUUAAUAGAAUUAACAGAAAGAUUAGAAUUUAGAAGAUAAAUUUAAGAUGCAAUUGAUAAAGCCAGGGAUUCAACAGAGAAAUAUCAAAAUCCAUAAUAACCAUAAAAGAAGGCUCCUGAUGAUUAAUAAGAUUAAUAGUUAUAGAAGCUUGUCCUUUAAUAAAAAGAAGGAUAUAUUUAUAAAGGCUAGGAAGAUGAACCAGCAAUGA